UGGCUGUUAACAAAAAUAGAGUGGUUCAAGACUUCAAUUGAAGAAUAGAGGGACCACCACAACCAAUGAGAACAUCUUGAUCCAAUUGGAAAAGUUACAAUACAAGUACUACCAAACGCAUCUUUCCUGAACCAUAAAAACCAUUUCCUUCUUCUGUUUCUAGUUAUCUUCUUGAUUCUCCACUAUGGCUUCUGCUGAUAGUAUCAACAAUAAUGUUGGUCAAAGAAGUGACAACAUAAACAGCUUCCGUCAUCAAGACUCUGUCAACAAUUUCUCUGUUAACUGGCCAAUGGCAGUUACUGGACAAAAUGCAGUAACCCCUCAGUUUGCCAUGCUCUAUAAUGGGAGUAUGUGUGUAUAUGAUGGAAUUCCUGCUCAAAAGGUGCAUGAAAUAAUGAUGAUGGCUUCUGCUAAUGCCAAGUCUUCUGAAAUGAAAAGUGGAAUUCCCUUCACUUCUCUCAUUUCCACUAGCCCUUCUUCUCCACAAGGAGGAACCUCUAAUAAUUUGGCUUCUCUUCAAUCAGUCUCUUUUCCUGUUGAGAAGAGUUCCAUUUGCAGGAUUCAAGAAUUUCCAAUAACUCGCAGACAAUCACUUCAAAUGUUUCUUGAGAAGCGAAAAAUCAGGCUAGGUAGCAAAGCACCUUAUACCUCCUCAACAUCAAAAAAGGUUAACAACGUUGAGAACAACUUCAGCUCAGUAUUGAGGCUACUUGAGGGCAAAUAGAUAGCAUGCGCUUUCAUGCUGUACAAGCACAACAAAAUUAGUCUGUUUUGUUGUUCACACCAUAUUAUACGCUUAAUUAAUAAUUUUUAUGGAACCUUAAUGUGCUACUGGAUUAUUAUGACUUAAAAGUAUGUUAUGUCUAAUGAAUAUCUAUCUAUUGUGUGUUUGUACAAUUGAUUAUUGAUUAUGUAUUUUCCAUUAUACCUUC